AUGUUGAUAGAGACACAUUUGCUCACCAAGAAAUACAGGAAUUCUUCCCGACAUUAUACGUUGAGGCUAGAGCGCCGAGUUCGCCAGCUUGAGACCGAGCUGCGAAAGAAUAACUUGGAAGUACCGCCAGGUGAAACAAGAGACCAGGUCCUUCAAGCUGUCUUGCAGGAAUCAGUAACUUCGCAACAUGAACCCCCUCAGCCCCUGUUGCAACAAGGUCAGAAGCCCCGGGGACGAUUUCACAGUCUCAUUGGCAGAUUAUGUGCGGCCGAGCCCCGGCUGUGCACCGAUAGAGCAGGGCGACUACACUUCUACGGACCUUCCUCAAGCUUGCACACUGCCGAGAGCAUCUCGUCUUGGUUCACCUUUACAGACGCAAUCUAUUCAGAGGCGCCACAGCAAACUGCUCGCGAACUGCCAGUCCAACUACAAGAACACCUCCUAGACCAGUACUGGAAGUUCCAGCACGGAGUGAUCCAGGUGGUCAACCGCGAGGCAUUUUUGAACGACAUGAAGGUAGGUCGCUGUCAAUACUACAGCAAAGCACUGCUUUACGCCAUUUUCGCUUCAGCUGCAAGGGUAUCGGACCAUCCAGAGAUUCGAGCGCUAGUCGUACCACCAGAAGUCGGUAGCUUUCGUUUUGAAGAGCCGUAUCUGUUCAAGAAAGCAUCUACACUGGUCGAAGAGGAGCUCCGCCACGAUGCUAGCGUGACGACAGUGCAGGCUCUGGCGCUAUUGAGCGUUCUAUGCUGCUGCUACGCGGGCUCCGAUGGCAGGGGGUGGAUGGAUUCCGGACGUGCCGUCCGUCUCGCAUUCGAGUUCGGACUACAUCAAGAACUCUCCACUAUCAGACCAAACAGUCUUCGUGGAGUCGACAGCAGCGUGCUUAGGACUACAUUCUGGGGCUGUUUUACAUUGGACAGGUUAUGGGCUACAUAUCUAGGUCGACCGUACUUAAUACGCCUAGACGUUGUUACACUUGGCCGUCCUGCCGCCUCACCUGGAGCGCAUAGCUGGGAUGAAAUAAUCUCUGGUGCUUGGACGGACCUCCUUGAUAUUAUUGGCCGCAUAUGCGACUCAAUAAACCACAAGCUAUCCCAGCCCUUGCUUGUGCGUCAGGAACUCAGUAAUUGGCAGUUAAAUUUGGAUCCUAUCCUCCGCUAUCUGCCGCAGUCACCACCGGCAGUUCAGGUUCUACAUCUCCAUUACCACAGCGCUGUCAUCCUAGAAAGACUCUCGGAAGCGCGCUUUGGCGUGGAGACGUCGAAUGCGUCUCCCGACAGUAUAAGUGCCCGGACUAUUUAUACAGGCCAUGCACUACAGCUGGCCGCUAUUACCCAAGAUUACAGAGCGAAUCAUGGCAGUGCCCGAACCAUGAUAGGGAACUCACUCUACAACAUUACAAUUGCGGUCAUCGUCUUGAUUGCAAAUUGGGCCGAGGGUGGAACGACAGACGAGAGCCAGUACAUCGAACGUGUGGACUCUUGUGUCCGCAGUAUGAAAGAGAUGGAGACAUCAUUCGCAUCCGCGCGCACGCUGUCCAACAUCGUUCUCUCGCUGAUGCGUCGGUGCAAUUUCCCACCUCUGCCUUCACAACGACAGAAAGAGUGGAGCGAAGAAGAUGAAGGGUUACUGUCCAGGCUACGCAUGUCGCUGCCGAUAUUGUCUCCGGAGUUUAUGCCUUCUCUGUACGACGACCAAGGGCUUUUCUCGGCGACGUUUGAUUCCGAUGGACUCGAGUCGAGUGGCCCAUUGUGGCUCUUCGGUGAUCUAGGAGUCUAA